UUCUCUCCCAAGUAUAUAUUACAUUAGCUGUUACCUGCAACUUGAAAGUGACGAUAACGAUCGUGUCACUAGCAAAGUACAGACUGAUUUUGUGCAGGGAAGAUGAAAAGGCGGUGAAGUUUGGGAUUGGAGGUUACGCAUCCUUGGAACGAUGAAAGGAUUUAUGUCAACUUCUAUAUAAUAUGAUAAGAACAGAGCCCUCAAUCCCCAAACAAGUUGCAAGAGGUUGCAAAAUGUUCUUCUUCCCCGUUCAAAACCGUAGCCCUUUGCCGCCACAAAUCUACACAGCUCAUAAUGGAAGACGACGGUUCCCAGAAUCCGGUAGCGUCUAUCACUUGGGACGACGGAGUUUAUUCGACGAUCAGAGGGUUCGUAGUUUACGAGAGAGAGUGGAUCUGUUCGAUUCAGAUUGAAUAUGAUGAGAAUGGAGAAUCAAUUUGGUCGCCCACACAUGGUGAAAACGAAGGUUCUGUAUCGGAGGUUGUUUUAGAUUAUCCAGACGAGUACUUAAUUUCAAUUUAUGGAUACUAUGGCUCUAUACAUAAUUGGGGAAUUAAUGGCACCGUGAUUCGAUCAUUGACUUUCCAAACCAACAUUAGAUCUUAUGGACCCUUUGGAAUUGAAGAUGGUAACAAAUUUUCAUUUCCAAUUACUGGGGGGAAGAUUGUUGGGUUCCAUGGCAAAUCUAGUCGGUUUCUCAAUGCAAUUGGAGUUCAUGUAGAAACAAUUCAAAAAAUUGGGCUCCAGCCUGAGCCUCAGCCGAAGCACUUGAACAUGGGAAUAUGUGGAGGCAAAGGUGGAGAUCCUUGGGAAGAUACUUUCCAAACCAUCAGACGGCUGGUCAUUUAUCAUGGCCUUUGGAUCGACUCCAUUCAAAUGGAAUAUGAGGAUGAGUAUCAAAUGUUAGUGUGGUCCGAGAAGCAUGGUGGUGACGGAGGUUUUCGAUCAGAGGUUGUUCUGGAUUUAGAUGAGCAUCUUGUUCUGGUUCAUGGAUACUACAGUGACAUACAUAAGUGGGAAAUUGAUGCCACUGUGAUUCGAUCAUUGACUCUAGAAACCAAUAAAAGAACUUAUGGGCCAUUUGGGAUUGAAGAUGGAACCCAAUUUUCAUUUUCAUUUAAAGGGCUAAAGCUUGUUGGCAUUCAUGGAAGAUCUGGCUGGUAUCUGGAUGCAAUUGGGUUCUACGUACAUACAACUCAAAUAAAUGAGAUUGGGUGUGAGAAAUUUAGCUUAGGAGAAUGGGGGGGCGAAGGUGGAGAUCCUUGGAAUGAGAGUUUUAGGACAAUGAGGCAACUGGUGAUUAAUCAUGGACAGUGGAUCGACUCCAUUCAAAUGGAAUAUGAAGAUGAGAACGGGGAGUUGGUUUGGUCAGAGAAGCAUGGUGGAAAUGGAGGUUCCCAAUCAGAGGUUGUUUUAGAUUUCCCAGAUGAGCAUCUUGUUACAAUUCAUGGCUACUAUGAUGAUAUACAUAAUUGGGGAUUUGAUGGCACUGUGAUUCGAUCGUUGACUCUGGAAACGAACAAAAGAAGUUACAGGCCAUUUGGAGUUGAAAAUGGAACCAAGUUUUCAUUCCCAACUGUUGGGGUGAAGGUCGUUGGCAUUCAUGGCAGAUCUGGUGUGUAUCUGGAUGCCAUCGGACUUCUUGCACUUUCAACUCAAGACUAAUCCUACCGUCUUUCUACUUCUUGGCAGCAAUCGGUAUUUUGUAUUUGUAUGUUUAGAAACUCGGUGUGUUUAUGUAGUUGAUAAUAAUUUUUUUCAAAAAGAAAAAAAAUCUCUCGUUUUUCCUUUUCUCGAUUGAUUAUGUAGUUAUCAAGUCUUAAAAUGACAUUUUAUAUGUAUUUGUGUUUGUGAAAUAUCUAAAAAUGUAUUACUGAGUUCUUUU